ACUACUGAUUUGCUAUUAUAUUAUUACUUUUUCUCUUUUCCAAAAAAGGUGAACUUAUGAGUGUUCGACCUGAAUUCAUCAUUUGGAUACCAAAUCUUCUUUUACUUAAUGAACGUGUAGUUUACUUGGGUCAAUACAAACAUGGCUUAAUGACUCAAACAAUGAUUGGUGCAACAAAUGUUGGUUCCAUCGAUGUUUAUUUUGAUAAAACAUUAAAAACAAAUCAGAAACUAGAUGAUUAUACAUUUCGAAUAUGGAAAGAGAAGUUUCAAUCAACACAAGAAACUAGUUUUGAUAAAGGAGAAGCAUUUGGAGAGUUCAAACUAGGUUCUUGUAUUGUACUUGUAUUCGAAGCACCAUCCACAUAUCAUUUUGCUCAUCAAGCUGGUGAUAAGAUUCGUGUUGGAGAAAAAUUGUAA